AUGCUUCGUUUGUUUCAAAGGAAGGAAGCAUGGCGUGGCAGUGUUUACAAACUGGUGUGGCAGAAUCUGGCAAUUUGGCUAGCCCUCUAUUACAUCAUCGCUCUCUGGUACCGGCAAGGCAUGGGCGUUCAUUGGAGGCCGAAAUUCGAGUACAUCUGUCGGUACUGCGACAAGUACAUAGACCUGAUCCCGCUGUCAUUUGUGCUCGGGUUCUACGUGAACCUGGUGAUUGGGAGAUGGUGGACCAUGUGGGAUUUGCUGCCCUGGCCCGACAACGCCGCCUUCUACGUCGCCUCCAGCUUCCCGGGCUCAGAUGAAAAGUCGCGAAUUUUGCGCAGGACAGUCGUGCGGUACAUCAACUGCUCCUCAGUUCACACCAAGUGUUUGCUCAGCCAGCGGGUGAGGAGGAGAUUCCCCACCAUGGAGCAUUUUGUAUCUGCAGGACUGUUGACUGAGCCUGAAAGGAAGAUCAUUGAAACCUUGUCAGAGAAGCACAAGAAGCUCUACUAUGUGCCCUUGCUGUGGGCCACCUUGAUCAUGACCAGGGCCAAAGAGGAUAAACUUGUGAGUGAGCUGCAGUGGAAGUCCUGCGUGGACAUGAUUGUGGACUACAGGAACAGAUGCAGUCGCAGUUUGCACAUUGAAAUUGUCAACAUCCCUCUGGUUUACUCCCAAGUGAUAAUCCUCAGUCUGAGGAUACAAAAUAUGAGACACUUUCUCUUGUGGGGAAUCCUAGUGUCAUUCAUUUCAUUGAAAGCCUUUGGUACCAGAGUGUUUGACUGGGAAGAUAUCAAAGGUAGUGCGCAAUCUCAUUUAUGCCCCAAUAAUGCAUCAUUUUGUGCUGGAAGAGAUGAAGAGCUGCUUGGAAGUCCAAACAACAUGCUGGAUGGGGAUUUUGACAUGACCCCAUGUUUUUGCGACAUGGAGUGUUUAAGAUAUGGAGACUGUUGUGUGGACUUUGCUGCUCAGCAUUGGGGGAAUGGAGAUGAGCAUCUCAGUGAUUCUCAUGCUUGUCUGCCUCUACAAGAAGAUUUGGACACUGUCUUCAUGGUAUCCAAGUGUCCCUUGUCUUACAAUUCUGAAGACAUGUCAUCCAAAUGCUCAAGAUCUCCUGGCAUACCCAAUGAGGACUACACCUACUUAUUGGAUCUACCAGUAUAUUCAAAUACUUCCAAACACUUGUAUGCCAAUUUUUAUUGCGCCAUCUGUCAUGGGGAAGAUCUCAAGGAGCUGUGGAGGUGGAACAUGACCUUAGCUUGCAUGACAAAUGUGGUGGGAUAUUCACCAGAAGAGUUUAUGGCCAGUGCUGAGUACACCAGAGGUACCUUGGGCUGGACAAGAAGGUUUUGGAAUAAUUCAGGGUGA